AUGCUGCUGCCCAACCUGAACACUACGCCAGCUGCAGCCCUGCCUGAGCCCUCUAGGUCAGCUGCAGCCUGCACAGAGCUCUUCACACCUGCUGCAGCUCCAGCCAAUCUCUCCAUGUCUGCUGCAGCUUCUCUAGAGUUCACCUCUUUCCCCAUCACAGAGUCUUCAGUCUCCCCAGCAGAGGACUCGUGGGCUGAGGACUCAGCCCACAAGUCCUCUGUCCUCAAAUCAGAGCUGUUCACCUCCAAGUCUCCAAUGUCCAUGCUGACCCCUGAGCUUCUGGAGUUUGAGGAUCCAGAGCCCAAGUGUUGUGAGUAUCCUGAGUAUCCAGAGUUCGAGUCUCCUGAGUCCGAGUGUUCUGAGUGUCCUGUGUUCGACUGUCCUGAGUUUGAGUAUCCUGAGUUUAAUUUCCCAAAGCUAGCACCCAAGUUUCCUGAGCCUGAUCCAGAGUCUCCUAAGCGUGAUCCAGAGUUUCUUGAGCCUGAUCCAUCCAAAGUUUCCUCGGUCUACAGCAGCCUCCAAGUUUCCUGGGUCAUCAGUAUGGUUCAAGUGGAUGAAAACAGCACACAGGUGCAAGUGUCUGAGUUUUUUAUUGUGGGCUUUCCAAGUCUGCAGCAGGAGUAUUUUCACCUAGUGGCAUGGUUCUUCUUCAUCCUUUAUGUGAUCACAGUGGUGGGCAACAUGGUCCUGGUUGUAGUUUUUGCUUUGGAGCCCAACCUUCAGAAGCCAAUGUAUAUCAACAUGGUGAGCCUGGCUCUCUCAGACAUUGGUAAAUGUUUUACCACAGUUGCUUUACCAAAACUCAUUGCUCGUUACUGGUGGUAUGAUGGGAGUAUUGGCUUUCACACGUGCCAUUUUCAAAGACACAUGAUCCAUUAUUUUGGAAGUUUAAACUCUCUGAUYUUGCUGAUCAUGGCUGUGGACCGAUACCUGGCCAUCUGUUUUCCUCUCAKAUAUCCCGUGUUGAUGACAAUCCCAAUUAUGACAGUCCUCACGAUCUUCUUCUGGGUCACAGCCCACAUCUUUCCUGGAGUUGGCACCAUCAACCUGAUUCAGUUGUCUUUUUGUGGCCCCAGUCAAAUCCUACAGGCCUUCUGUGACACUGGUUCUUUAGUUGCUUUAGUUUGUGGAGACUCAAGCUAUGUGUACUCUGCCUCCUAUGUAUCAGCAAUGACAAUUCUUUAUGUUCCUUUAGGCUUYAUCAUCUUUUCCUACUUUUGCAUUGUUGUUACAGUCCUGCAGAUGGUGAAUGGACAGGGAAGAAGAAAGACUUUUUCCACCUGCACUACUCAGGGAUUUAUCAUUUCUGUCUACUACUUACCUCGCUUUUUUGUCUAYACUGCACCAACCAAAGAGAUCCAGGAAAUAUUCAGGCAUUGGAUCCAGAAGCACAAGGCCUGUAAAACUAACCCUGGACUAAAUGUCACUGUCCCUGCUGUACAUUAA